AUGAAUCUCCACGACCGGAAUAUCAGUCACCGGAAUAUCCAUGCCGGCAACAUUCUGAUGAACCACAACCCCGAGAUCAAGCUUCUAUUCGCAGCGACGAUCUACACUUCGACGGAAGAGCAGAUUCUCCAGUCCUCUUCAUCGUUCUUGCCGCCGGCCGCCAUCUCCGAAUGGGCAGCCCCGCCGGACAUUUAUCCAAAGGCCGACAGGUAUUCCUAUGCGUGUGAUAUGUGGAUGGUUGGGAUUACGGCGCUGGAAUUAGCCUACGGAGGGCUUAAAGUGAGCAGCAGGGAAGAACUCAUGUCUUUGGUGAAGAAGUUCAAGAAAGACAGCAAGAAAUAUUUGGGGAUUGAGAAAUUGAAGAGAAGUUCCGAUCGGGAAUGUCUUUUCUCGCAAGACUUGCAGAAGAUCGUCGCCGGCUGCCUGAAACGGAACCCAAGAAAGAGGCUGAAAGCUAGCAAAAUCCUUGUCUCCGAUGUCUUCACGUUAAUGGAGUCGAAUGUUAAUGAGUUUUACACCCACGUCAUAAACGAGCCAGUAAAGGUAGAGGUAGUGUGA